AUGGCGGAUCGUGAAUGGCGAAUGACUCUCGCGAUAGAGGAGAGCCGGGCAGGGCAGCAGACAAGACCGAGAGGCCGUUCCGCCGCCGACGAUGAUGGUUAUGCGCGCCAGCUCCUCAUUCAACUGCGAGUGCACCAGACGCUAUGUGCUCGGAAGCAGCCCAUCUUCAUGCUUGUUCGCCGCAAGACUAGCCGGGGGGUGAAAGAGGCCAGCUGGGGAUGGCUUGUCGACGCCUACCACACGAAGAGUAGUGCUGCCAGCACUGCUGUUCCAGAGACUGCGUUGCACGUUGGCGGUCCAGAAGAUGGCCUACUGGGACCAGUGGCUGGCCCUCUAGCUUGGGCGGGUCUUCCCAAGGAUAGGUACAGUAGAGCAGACGACGACGACGACGACGACGACGACGACGGAAAGACAAGGGAGCGGCACGGCUGUCCUACACUCACAGGCACAUCUGAAUUUCAAACUCCGUACUCUACAUACCUGGCCCCUACCGACCAGGUCUUUAUGCCGGGGAGAGCACCUCCACGUCUCUCUGCAGGGACUGACUGGCCGACGCUAGGAUAG